UGCGCACUCGGGGCCGCUCGUCUGCGUGUGGGGGUGGUUUAUUCAAAAUGGCGGCGCCCUGUUCGACUCGUUGGGGAAGUUAAGAGAGUUGUGAGUUGAAAGUGUUGCCGGUUCCACCUGAUCAUCGCCCAGAUUUGGUGUAUUUUAUUUUAGUUUUUUUUUCCUCCCUCCCCUACACUUUGCCCUUCUCUGAUUUCCGCCGACGGUCUUAACCAGGAGUUGACCGGGGAGGAGCUGUGUUUGUGGCGGCCGAGCCUUGGUGAAGUGGAGGCCGAGCCUCAGCGCUGUCUCAGGUAAAUGAAGGAAAAUAAGGAGAACUCUACCCUGACUACAGCACUGGCAAACGUGGACCUUAGGAAGCCAUGCUGGUAUUGGGAUAAGAAGGAUCUGGCACACACCCCAUCCCAGUUGGAGGGUCUCGAUCCGGCAACAGAAGCACGCUACCGCCGAGAGGGUGCCAGGUUUAUAUUUGAUGUGGGAACACGUUUAGGGCUACAUUAUGACACACUGGCCACAGGAAUCAUCUAUUUUCAUCGUUUUUACAUGUUUCAUUCCUUCAAACAAUUUCCGAGAUAUGUCACAGGAGGCUGCUGUCUCUUUCUGGCUGGCAAAGUAGAAGAAACUCCCAAAAAGUGUAAAGAUAUCAUUAAAACCGCUCGAAGUUUGCUGAAUGAUGUACAGUUUUCACAAUUUGGAGAUGAUCCCAAGGAAGAAGUCAUGGUUCUCGAGAGAAUACUAUUACAGACAAUUAAAUUUGACCUGCAGGUUGAACAUCCUUAUCAGUUCUUGCUCAAGUAUGCUAAGCAACUUAAAGUCCAAUUUUCUCUCUCUGUAGGUGACAAAAACAAACUUCAAAAGCUGGUGCAAAUGGCCUGGACCUUCGUAAAUGACAGCCUGUGCACCAUGCUCUGUCUGCAGUGGGAACCUGAGAUCAUUGCCGUGGCUGUGAUGUACCUUGCUGGUAGGCUGUGCAAGUUUGAGAUCCAGGAAUGGUCGGCCAAGCCAAUUUACAGGAGAUGGUGGGAGCAGUUUGUGCAGGAUGUGCCUGUCGAAUUACUGGAAGAUAUUUGCCACCAGAUACUGGACCUCUAUUCCCAAGGACAACAGCAGAUGCCCCAGGCCUCCCAGCACCAAUUGGCAGCAAUCCCAAGCUUGGAGCAACCCCUACCACCAAUACAGGUGCAGCAAGCCAAAAAACAUUCCCCUCAAUCAACACCACCUCGACAGAUCAAGCGAGCAGCGGUCGCUUCUCCAAAGGAAGAUGGGAAGACUCUAGGUGAGAUGCCAGAUGACUGGAGGACAGCAAAUGUUGUACCUUUAUUCAAGAAGGGCAGCAGGGAAAAGCCAGAUCAACAGCCUCCAAAAAUUCCCAAGUUGGAAAAUCAUCAUCCAGCACUUCCACCAACAAACCAUCCUGCUCCAGAGCGCAAGCCAUCAAUAAAUACAGGGGCCACCAUUAUAGACAGUGAACCACCUUCCACAGGAAACUCCUCUGAAGUGGCUAAAGCCACAAUCCCACCGCCUCUUCUUCCUACUGCGCAUCAACAGCCACAGAUGCCCCAGCGACCUCCACCUUCUGCUGCCUACAUAAUGGGAAUGUCAACAACCAGCUCUUAUAUGUCCGGGGAAGGUUUCCAGAGCUUGCAGUCUAUGAUGAAGACUGACGGACCCUCCUAUGGAAGCAUACCAUCUUAUGGACCACCUGCUCGUGUCUCUUACCACCCACAUGUUUAUCCCAAUCCGUCUGUACCUCCUCCCACAACUUACCCACCCAACAUCCCUCCUCCCACCCCAGGAUAUCCUCCUCCGGGGUACAAUCCUACUUUCUUGCCCCCUCCUCGGAUCCCGCCUUCCCACACGGUGCCACCUCCUCCAGGACUUGGUCUUCCGCCAACUAGCUACCCUCCCCCCACAGUGCCACCUGGAGGCCAGCCUCCUGGACCUCCGCCGCCACCACCACCAGGAUUGCCGCCUGUCAGUGGGCUAACACGAGGUUGGCUGAGGUAGUGGACGUGUACAAUCCGAUUUCCAGCAUCUGCCGUUUUUUGAACCAUGUUCUCUGGACAUUUGAAAAGAAAUACUCAACAAGGUCUCGGGCAGAAGACCGAACAUUUGCCUACAUUGAGGAUCAUUAUUCCAAUUUGCUUUCAUUUAUUUAAAAUGUAUAAUACUUGUAGAUGCAUUGUUUACAAUCGCAUCGAUCUUCACAACAAUAGUAAUUUGGGCUUGUAGCCUCAAAAUAUGACGUUUAAGGCCACAGCCCAGAUUGUGGUAAUUAAUUCCUGCCAAUUAAAGUACCUUGGCCACUUUCUGUUCUGCUUCAGUUUCAUGAAACUCGCUAUCAGCUGAACGUUUUUUUGCAAACACUUUAUAAAAUGCCAUUUGGACGUCAAUAAAAUCUCUUUGCAUUUCCCUAUUCACCACAUUGCUCCUCGCUUCAAAAUGUAUUAUGUUUUUUGGGCACGAAUUGCUUUACUCAUUCAUGUUUUUUCCAGACAGCUGAAAAUGUAGUCGUGUUCAGUCACUUGAUCCUUAAGUGCAGACCUGUACUCUCUUGACAGCGUAAUUUGGUCAGGUUGGUCUCCGAUUCACCGAUGUCUCCUUUUGGAAGUAUCAACAACAAAAUAACUUGUAAUUUUUCCAUUUGAAGAAACGACUCAGAAUUGCGAGACCUUUGGAAGGCAUCUUACAAUAUUGUACGUACUUCUUUUCAAGAGCCUGAAAUCAAAACUGAUCCUGGAGAUUAGUUUUUCUUCAGUCGUUUUGUUGGCGUCCCCAUCUUUGAUCUUCUCCAUUAACAUCUUGAAGUUGACCAACAUCCUGCCCUUUUCAUCUCCAACUCCAUAUUGCAAGCUGGAAUAUUCCAAUUUGGCAAAUGAUGAAGCGAACUUGCCUUUGUUUAAUUUAAUGUUUCUGUCCUUGAGUUCUUUGGUUGUCUGAUGUAACUUGAAAACAAAUUCACAAGUAAUUUACUCUGUCUGUAGUAUUUUUGUCUACAGGUUGAAUUACGUUUAUUUUUCCAAAUAGUAUCAAAGCCUGAAUGUAACAUAUGAGAUCGUACUGUGAGCUGGGCUUUGAUAAUAAUAUUGUACAAUUAGUGGCUAAUGCAGCCUAAUAAAUUUGAUAUUGGAA